AUAAACUAUUAUACCCUAUAUCUUUUUUUUUUCUUUCCUUUUUCUCUUUAAAACAUGACUCAAUCAUCUAGUUUACGCUUCUUUGGUAAUUUCAGAGACAAGAAGCCAACAAAAGAGACGACAGAGAACAACAGUUCAGAUAAUGUACAAGGCUGGCUUAUGAAUGUACAUUCCUUUCAAAGAGAAGAUAAACAGCAGGAAAAUAAUGAUAUAGUGAAUAUUGUAGAUGCUGAUAAUAAUCGUAUACCAAUAGAAAAAACAAAACGAAAAGAUGGUCGGCCAGAGAGCAUAGCUUCAGAAGAUAGUGUUAAUUUAGAAGAGCUUAUUAAUGCCAACUAUACCGCAGACAUGGAUGAUGAAACUGACUUGCUUGAUUUAGCUGAUUUAGAUUUGAUUGAUGAUUCAGCAGAUGACUUUUGGCAAUUAAAUAAAACAACAGAGACAUUGAACUCAUUCGAUAGUGGAUACAAUGAUUAUGUAGCCAAGCCUGUCGAACUGGGCUGGAACACGCCAAAUAGUACAAAACCGACGAUGACGAAGCAAUUAUUGAAUUCGCCCAACAAUAAAGCUUUACGUAAAAGAUCAGAUAGUCUAAGCAGCGAUAAUAGCUUAACCUCUCAAUCAACUAUUACUCAGUAUGCCAAAUACGGUAUGACUCCAAUGAUCUAUCCAUCCGAAUCAUCUUCUUCGUCAUCCCGUCCAUUAAGUCGACUGAGCAACUACUCUGCCAGUAGUCUUGCUUCAUCUUCGGGCCUCCCUCGAUCAAGUGGAACGGGUAUACCAACACCCAGUCGAUCAUACACGACAAAAAAGGAAACCAGAAUACCAAAUACGACACGUACACAGCUUGCCAAACGUGCAUCCCAUAUUCCCGCGCCUGUAGCUUAUUCGCCACCUACACCGCAAAAGACAACGUCGUCGUCCUCUUCUUCGGCUACGAUAAGAAAAAGUAAAAUACCGCAGCAGAGAGCAAGUCACAUACCAACUAGACCACUAUCUCCACAACAACAACAACAUCGAUCUCUGUUUGAGGAAGCAAAGAGAGUCAGUCCUACUUCGAAUAGAGCAAGCCCUACGACGAAUAGGCCAAGUGGACUUCGGGCACCCGCAACUGUAAGAAGUAUAAGCAGAAUUGGUACAGUAAAGAAGAUGUAACAUUGUUAUGAUUCAUGACAUUUAUAAUGAAUUUAUACGAGUUUAUUUUAUGCAUUAUUAUUUGAAGAUGUUUAUUCUAAAACUAAAAUUGACAAUAGUAACUUACCAUUAAUAAUAAUAAUAAUGAUCAAUUUGUUUGAGUUGGUGACGCUGCUCUAAAGCUGUGAUUUUCAUAUUCUUUAUUCAGUAAAUAUAUAUGUAUAUCACUUUCAAGUAAGGAUAACGGAAAGAGAGAUAAACCAAGACACAUGGUUUCUCGUUCUGUAGGGCGAUUUGAUGCAAGCACCGGUAAGACUAUUUUGAAGCAAAUAACUUGCAAUACG